AUGGCGUACAACUCGAGGGCGACCCAGCAGUACCAUGGCGGCCAGCAGCAUAACCGCCGACAGAAGAAGGAGAACGAUACAGAUGCUUUUCUACGCCUGCCGGACAAAGUUAUCGCAGGAUGCAUCAACGAUAUCGGGAUACCGUUCACGAUGGCGGAUUUACUCAAGCCGAAUCCGCAGCAAGUCCAGAUGGUAUUCGAGUGGUUCGCCGAAUUGUUUAUGAAUACUACGCGGGAAACCGUGGAGCCCGCCAUGCUCGCGGCAGCAGAAGACAUUGCUGGCGAACAAGCAGACAUCUUCCCCCCGGAUACGCGCAACCUGAUGGGGUUCUUAGUGUCACUGCGAAAGUUGAUGCUGCAGUGCGGAGUCCACGACUUUACAUUCACAGAUAUUACCAAGCCGACCUACGACCGGAUUGCGAAAAUAUUCUCCUAUCUCAUAAACUUUGUUCGCUUUCGAGAAUCCCAGACUUCAGCAAUUGAUGCGCAUUUUAACAAAUCAGAGGAUACAAAGAUGCGCAUUGAAUCGUUAUAUGCCGAAAACCAAGAACUGGAGCAGCGGUUGGAAGAAAUGAAAAGACAGCAAAAGGAGGUGGAUGGCUUGGUGAGGGAGAAGACGAGCCGGAAUGACGAAUUAAAAACCCGCUUGUUGGAAUUGAGGCGGGGUCAGGAGCGGGUGGCAGAGUCAUUUGAGCGCGUGAAGGGUGAAAAGGCGAGAAAGCAGACUCUGCUUGAAGAGAAGACGGAGAAGCUGCUGAAGAGUCGUCAGGAGUGUGAAAAGUUACGGCCAUACGUCUCGCAGAGCCCGGAAAGCCUUCAGUCAGCCCUAACAGAAUUGUCUGACAACUUAAUUCGGGGCAAAAGCCAGGUGGACGGUAUGGAGAGACGGAUGCGCGCUCUACAGACGUCGAUGAACACGUUUACCGUUGUGAAUAAUGAAGUCCAGAGCUCUAUCAAGCUAUUGGAAGAUAUAUUGAUAGAGUUACAAAAGGAGGAUGACCAGGAAUCCAAAGGCAUCAAAAACCGGGAAGCUCUCGCGGAGAGAGGAAACACCGUGAGAGAAGUCGCGCAGACGGAGAAGCUUCUUCAGUAUCAGCUGGCCCGAUGGCAGGAACGCAUAGAGGCACUGAGGAAAAGUAGUAGAGAAAAGGCGGAACAAGCGCAAGCUCGGAUGGAAGAGCUUCAUACAAUACAGAAACAGCUUCGGGAAGAACGGGGAGAAAAGCAAAGAGAAAUGGAACGGCGACGCAUUAGGAUUGAGCAAACCGAGAAGAAGAUGGCUGAUCUUAAAGAGACGAUUGAAACUGAGAUUCAUCGGGCGCAUGAUGAAUAUUUGAAGAUGGAGUCACAUAUCAAGCUGUACACCACAGAGAUAGAGAAAUGUCUCUGA